UCUUUCAUUAUAAACAAGCUUACAACGAAUUUUGUGCGCAUUUUACCCCCCGCAUUUGGACGUCAGUCUGACACGGACCGUAGUCGCCGUCGGUCUUGUGACGAUCAAACAUCGCACUUAAGCGCUAGCCGUAAUAGUACUUAUAUAACAUAAAAAUGGGCAAAACAGCUGUUAGGGUAUCUAAAAGGAAAAGGAGAGCCUUUUUGAUACAACGUUGUAUUGAAAUGGUUAGAAAAAGGCAAAAAAAGAAAUAUAUGAAGCAAAACGGUACAGACACAAAUGAAAACGAUACUGCAGAUGUAAACCGGAGUGACAGUACAACGUCGGAUUUGGAGAAAUUCAAAAGGUUCUUGAUCCGGACUGUGUCCAAACAGCGCCAGCAGCAUGUGCCCGAAGACGUCCUAUGGGAACAACUGCAGAACGGCAGCAAAUGUGAUUGUAAAUUGAUAUGGGAUCGAAUGAGAACGUUAACAAUAAAGCGAUUAAAACGCUUACUGAUAGCGGCGGAUAAUCAGGAUAAUAUCUCGUCGAAAGCGCGCAUGACGCUUACAGAUUGGAUAAUGUUCGAUUUCAUACUUGUGCACGAGGAUAUCGACUUUACCGGCGUGGACCUUAACUUGAAGUCGGAACCUGUGUGUCUAUUGGAGCUGUUUACAUUGGUGCAGCGGUUCGACGUGGAAGGUCGUUCUGGAAAUGAGCUGGCUUCUGCCUGGACAGCUGCCACUGUAUACUACAAUAGCCGAGGACGGCAGUGCUCCCCGAUGCUGUUGCAGCGUCGUUGGUACCAGAUGAAGAUGUUGGCGCGUGACAAAUUCUACAAUUUUUGGUACGCUUACCGCGGCACCCAGAAAUAUUUAAACGACGCUCGCACUCAACACGCACCCACUAAACUACAAACUGCAAUUGUGAGACGGUAUCCCCAUACAAUCACCAUGCCUUUCAUUCCAUGGGAAGAAUUAAUAAAAAAACGCUUUGCGAUAUUACCUGACGAGUUUGCAGUGAAAAUGAGAACGUUGAAUAAAGCCUCUGACCUUCCCAAACCGCUUGAUGAAAACGCUCCAGAUCUCAUAAGAGUGGAACCAGAAAUAGAAGUAUUAAAUAUUAGAGUAGAUUCCGAAUCUGAAAGUGAAUAUGACGAAAGCGAUUUGGUUGCUGAGGCGAACAAAAUAUUGCCUACAACUGAAAGAAAUAAUGACGCUAUUAUCGCAAACUCAACACUCACAGAAACUGAUUCUGAUGUUUCUAAGUCGUCAAUUUAUCAGAUGAUCAAUGUUAAAGACGAAGUACUCGAAAUAAAAACAGAGGAAAUAGACGUUCUAACUGAAUUAUCCCAUUGCAAAGACUUAGAAAUGACCCCUAUAACUACAACAAAUGAUAACGUAAAAUGGAUUAGCAUCCCUGGCGAAAACUCUCUAAAAGAUGCUGAUAAAUCACUUAAUGAAGGAGAACUAUCUGCUGCUGAUUGUUCUAUAAACGAAUACCCGACUGGCUGUCCGAAAGAGGAAAUUUCUAUUGAUAUAUGUGUCAAAAGUGAACCUGCUAGUACCGAAAUUACUACAGAAUCUGAUGUUUCAAAGUCGUCAACUUCUCAGAUAUACAACGUCAAAGUCGAACCGCUGGAAAUAAUAACAGAGGGAACAGAGGCUCUGGAUAAAUUAUCCAAUUGCAAAGACUGGGCAAUGAACCUUAUACCUAUAACAAAUGAUAAUGUAAUCGAUAGAAUUAGCAUCCCUGUUAAAAACUCCUUUAAUAUCGGUGAAAUAGUUAAGGAAGAAGAACAAGAUUUUACUGUUUUUAGUGAUAUACGUCUCAAAAGUGAACCUCUUAGUAACGAAAUUCAUACUGCUAUUUCGGAACCGAUAGUUAUGCCGUUUAUAACUAAUGUUUUAGGAAAUGUUCAUAUGGAAACCGAAACUUUAUCUAACAUUUGUAACAUUCUAAUGGUUAAUGAUGCGUUGGAAGCACCUGGUAUUGAACAGCCAAUAUUAGCAAAGCAGGAAAAAAUAGUAAGUAAUGAAAUACAAGAAAUUAAUUUAUCAAAAGAUACCAUAACCAAUAUUGAUCUAAAUAAUUCUCUGAAUACUACUACUCAAUACAGUAAUAAUACUCCAUACAGUAUAAGCGAUCUUAAAGAAGAUAUACCAAUAAAUGUAACUUUAAUGGAUAAGAAUAUAAAAGUUGUCGCUCACAAUACAGUACUAAAUAGCGUUGCCCGUACCUGUAACGAAGAAGAUGUUCAUGAUGAUGAUGAUUUAUUUCUUAAUAGCUCUAGUAAAAGUUUUGACUCUACUGAUUGCAAAAACUAUAAAACAUCGGAAAAAAUGAAAGUUAGCAUAUCUAGUAGUUUAUUCCAAAAACCACGCACACGAAUUUAUAAUUUCAUAAACCUAUGUAAAAAUCCUGAUUUUAAUACUAGAUUAAAAAAAUUAACCAUAGGAUUUUUAAGAUCUACACGUAAUAGACAAUUACUAAAGGCUUGUAAGCCAAUUACUAUAGAUGUAAACAAAGUUUUUGAAAUUAAACUUAUAAAUAAUAUUAUGUAUUUAAGGGCGUCCACUGUGCCAAACACAGUAAAUAAUAUUGAAAAGGAAUUUCGUAAUGUAGGUGAGAAAAUUAAGAGUCUUGUUCCAUCUGCCUUAUUGUCUGUUAAUAAUCUAAUAGAUAGCACCAAAAUGAAUAUGCAGGAUGUAUCAAAUAUUAUAAGAAAUUCAGCUGAUCCACAACAAUACCCUCUUAUUACAGAAUGUGUUACUGAUGUUCCUAAUAUAAUUUAUAAAUCACCAAAAGAUUCUGAUAACCAGUAUAGCAAUAAUGUGGAUGCGCGAAAAACUGUUUCUGUUGAUACACAAUUAAAAGAAAACUGUUCUUCUAACUCAGACAAAGAAGAUGUUAGUAUGAAAGAUAGCACUUUAAAUACAAUAAAAAAACGAAAUGUAGUCGACAAAUCCAUUGUUUCGUGGGUACCAAGAUUCAGAGCUCCAGUUAACUGGUCACGUACAAAGUUCACAUAUCCAAAAAAGACGGAUACACUUUUGACUGCAGAUGCACUUAAUAAAAUGCUUAAAAUAUUUAGCCCUGAUGGGCCACAAGUACCUGUUAAGAAGUACAAAAGAAAUAGUAAAGUAACGAAAGUUUUUAAUUACCAACAGUCUGAAUUACAGCAAGAAUUAGACGACUUCGAAAGGUUUUUAAAAAAUAGUGGGUCCAAUGUUACUUGUAAAAAUGAAAAUUAUAUUUCCAGUAAAGUCAAUAAUUUUCAUGUUCCUCUCGAGUCAUCAAAAAGUAGCAAACUAAAUACUGAUAGGUAUGUAAAUAAAUCCGGUAAAUAUUGCUGUUGGGCUCGUGAGAAAAUAAAUAAACCUCGAUCAAAAUCUAUUCAGAAACAUAACCAUCCGGUAAAUAAAUGUUCCUGUUGUUGUAAAAAUGAUUUGGAUAUUAUAAUAACUAAGAAAAAAAAAUCUAAUAAGUCAAGUAUUAUAAGAUCACUUCGGUCACACAAAAAAUAUAAAAAUAUAAAAAAUAAAAAGGGUGUUAAGAAAAUUAUUUCUGGAGUGAUAAAUAAAAAUACUAUCGAUACUGCGUCUUCUAAAGUGAAAUUAUCAACGUCAGCUAUGAACAACUCACCUGUAGACUUUCCUGAUACACAAGUAUUAUAUUCUGUUCCUAUUGAAAGACUAUCAAACAGCAAUUCUAUCAAAACUGGAGUUCCAAAUAUAUGUAAAGAUUCUUCGAAGUCAACUACAUAUUGUAGUAUAUAUAUUGACGACAAUGGAAAACAAAAAAUACAAUUCAUUAUUGAUAGCACAAAGAACUUAAAAUUGCUCAAUUCGAUGAAUUUUUAUUACGGUAAUAACAAAGUAACUGUAUUGGGUAAAGAUACAGAAUGUCCAAUAUAUUUAGAAAAAAAGCAAAUAUUACUAACUGAUGUUAAAUUUCCUCUUGGUAGAACUGAGCAUAAACAAAUUGAUAAUGUUGAUCAGCAAAAAAUAAGAAAAGAUACAUUACGCGGUAUAUUUAAAACUGAGAACCUUAAUACAUGUGCAAAUUUGUCUGACAAUAGUAUUAGUAGUAGUACACGAAUAAUUAAUUGUAAUUUGAAUGAACAGACUAUCUCAUCAGAAGAAAAUCAACAUGGAAGUGAUCAUUCAACUGAACACGUAAUUGAUGUAAAGAAUUAUCAGUUUUCGAAUAUAGAUUACGACAAAUCAAUCGUAAGUAAUGUUAUUAUUACCAGUUGUCACGGCGAUAAUAUCACUUUAGAGGGAAAUAAGCCGUCUGAUUCCGUAAAAGAAAUAUUCAUACAUAAUCCAACAACUAUAGACGAGAAUUCUGAAAGUAAAUCAGUACGUAUAAUUGUUCAACGAAUUUUAGAAAAAAAUCUAACAGGUAAAGAUGACAGUUCAGGACUACAAAACAUAGACUUAUCAUCUCAUUCUAAUGGAUUUUAUUGCAACCUGGAAUCCAGUUUAAUGAACGGAAAUGAAGUAGAUGUACAGACUGCAGAAAACGAAUUAGAACAAAUAAAAAUAGUCAAAGAAGACUCAAGUAACAAUGAGCAUGAUACAAAAAAAUGUAUAUUAUCAGACCUUAUGGAAAUGUCGGGUAUUUUAGAUGAAGAUGCUUCCUCUAUACCUGUUGAUAUGGUACAAGAGUCUGUUACAGUACAACCGCAAAACAUGGUUACUGAUGUACCUAAUACCAUUGUUUUAGAUGAAGAUGGUUCCUCUAUACCUAUUGAUGUGGCACAAAAGUCAGUUACAGUACAAUCUCAAAAUAUGGUUACUGAUGUACCUAAUACGAUUGUUUUAGAUGAAGAUGGUUCCUCUAUACCUUUUGAUGUGGCACAAAAGUCAGUUACGGUACAAUCUCAAAAUAUGGUUACUGGUAUACCAAAUAGCAUUGUUGAGUGUCCGUUGUAUUUAGUAUUAUCAUUCCCAGAAUUAAAUUAUGCCUGUGAAAAGAAUGGUAAAUUCUAUAAGUAUGAUUUAGAAACAGGACAGGUAUCUGAAACCAAUAUACUAAUUAUGAAAGAUUCAGAAAAUUCUGAAGAACAACAAAAGAAGUCAGAAACACAUGUAACAAAUAAAAAUGAUGAUACAAGUAAAAAUAAACGCAAACAAAGGAACCUGAGAAAAAUGAAUAAAAACGUAAAUGUUUCAACUAAUAUAAGUCAAGCGAAACCAUUAAUACAGAUCAAAGUACAAAGUACAAAAAAGAAAAAGAAUGGAAGAAAACCCAAAGAAGAACAAAGAAAACUAUCGGACACGGCACAACAAAGAUAUACAGUUAAGAGACGGAAGAAACAACAUGCUGAUGAUAGUCAAGUUGGCUCUUCUGACGAUGAACCACUUGCAAAAAGAAAAUUAAGACCAAAUAAUUUAAAGGAAAAUACAGAAGUUGACAUUGAGGCGCAAAGCAUUUCUAAUGAGAACUCAAGUCUAACAUCGGAUUUCGUGAAUAUGUUACCAAGUGUAGCGAACAGUAUGGAAUUAAGAACAGCUCCAUCACUCUCCUUAACAUAUGACGUCGAUAUGUCGCAAGAGGGCUGUAUUUUAGGCCUUUAAGCUAUGGUUAAAUCUAAUAAAAAAAGUAGGGGAAAUCAAAUAUAUCCCGAGUCUUCAUAGCAUACCCGUUUAAUUUUUUAGUGUGUUAACCCACUGAAAUAAAAUAAUACUAUAUCACAUAAGGAUAAACAAAUUGUAACAUAGACAAAAAUACUAAUAAUCAUUCUAUUGAGUUCCAAUAGGUUGAUAGUCUCCUUAAAACUGUUAAAACAAGAGAAUUUAAGAGAGAAUACAGUAGUUAACAUGAAUGCGGUAAAAUAGAUUUUCUUGAUUUAACUAGAAGCCCUAUCAAAGAAUGUGGAGUUAGUUACAAAAAAGUAAAGAGAGGCUAGAAAAUGUUACAUAUGUAUGGUAAAACGUGUUUUCUAACAAAAAUAGGUGUUUUGUGAUUUAUUCAAAUACUUUUUUAUUAUUUUGAAACAUAAGAACAGCUUCCACAAGUAGUUUUUUUUUUAAUAAUACUUAGUGUAUAGACUCGUGUCACUUACGAUUUUAU